AUGAAUGCAGAAAUAGAUGUCACAAUUGUACUGUAUUGUCGUAAUUGCAAACGAACAUUCAAAAAUGGCGAACACUGGUACAGUUGUCUGACAUGUACCAAUUAUAAUCUUUGUCAUAUAUGUAAAGUGACAAAUCCAUCAGUACACAAGCAUGAUUUUGUUUGUAAGUUUUUGAUGGAUUAUGGCAUAGAAAAGAUUUGCACAAGAAUCGAUCUGGCCAGUCGAAUCUUGACAGCAAUUGAUUUCAAUUGGCAAAAACCAUGUUUUGGUACAAGAGAUAGAUCGAGCACAAACCCAGAUGAAUAUUUAGAUUCAUAUUCGUGGCAAACAUUCGCAGCAGUGGGUGAUCGAAUCAAGAAGUUCAGUUUUGGAUUGCAAAACUUGAUGCAAUCACGUGAAUACUUAGGCAUCUGCGCAGCGAAUCGACCGGAAUGGAUUAUUACGGAUCUUGCAUGUCUUCUACAAAGUAUUGUUAGCGUACCAAUUUAUUGUCAAUUAAGCAAUCGUGAACUGGCGUUCAUUAUUAAUAAUACGUGUAUAUCAGUGAUUGUAUGUGAUCGCGAGAUGUUACUUAGAUUUAUAGAAAUUCAUUCCCAAUGUUCAACAUUUAAACAUCUUAUUUGCAUGGACCCCGUUCCUGAAACUCUUUCUAGAACGAGCAGUCUUAGUAUUCAUUGUAUGAACGAUAUUGAAAAUAAGAAUUCAACUAAAUUACGCGAGUAUGUCAUUAAUCAACCCGAUGAUUGUGUAACCAUUGUAUAUACAAGUGGAAGUUCAGGGUUUCCAAAGGGUGCAAUGUUAUCUGAAAAAGUGUAUCGAGCGACGUAUCCAAUACGACGAAUUUCGUCGACUGAAGAACGUGUACGUUUUUGUUAUCGACCAUUAGCAUGGAUUACUGAUCGCAAGGGUGCCAUUGCGACCUUUUUAGAAGGAGGAUGUACUGGAUUUUCAACGGGUAAUGUAACUCAAUUGAUGGAGGAGUUAACAUUGAUUGCGCCAACAUUUUUCUCCGCACCUCCUACAUUUUGGAAUAAGAUCUACUCGGAGUUUCACACGACACUUUCGAUGUCAACAAACGCAACUGAACAGCAACUUUUAGAAAAGUUUUCAAAACUCAUUCCUGCACGAUGUCGAGUAAUUUCUAUCGGGGGUGCUAUGACUAGUCCAAUUGUGUUGAAAUUCAUCGAACAAUGCUUCUCUCAUUGUAAAAUAGUCGAAGCUUAUGGAACAACGGAGUGUGGACGAAUUACAUUCAAUUAUACGUUUUUAUCAACAAUGAUCGAUUAUCGUCUUGAAUCAGUGAAUGAAAUGGGAUACACAAUCGAAGAUCGACCAUACCCACGUGGAGAAUUACUGGUUAAAACUGCUCAGAUGUUUUCCGAAUAUAUUAAUAAUAUUGAAGAAACACAAGCUGCUUUGACUGAAGAUGGGUUCUUUCGCACUGGUGAUAUUGUUGAGUUGCGUGGGAAAAUAGACGGCAAACCUGAUCUCCAUGUAAUCGACCGAAAGAAAAAUUUCUUUAAACUGGCUCAAGGACAAUUUGUCUCGCCUGAGUCUCUCGAAGGCAUCUAUCUACAAAGUUUAUUUAUCGAUCAAAUUUACAUCUAUGGAGAUGGUCUUGAUAACUGCGUUAAAGCAGUUAUCGUACCCAACAAAGAAUAUGUGCGACGACUUACAGAAGCUCAUGACUUGAGUGAAACGGAUUCGCAUGAUUUCGUUUAUAAUGCAAUUAUGAAUGAUCUGCAAACCAUCGGUGUUAAAGAAUCACUGCAAAAGUAUGAAAUUCCCUCGAAGAUAAUUCUAGAAUCCCAACCGUUCACGCCAGAAAAUGGCCUUUUGACAUUAUCCAUGAAGCUUUGCCGUUAUAAAUUAGCCGCACAUUAUGCAGAUCGAUUAAAAGAGGAUAGAACUGUCGAUGAUCAGAUAAAAGACAUGAUCGAAUCCAUUACUGGACAACAGUUGUUAAUAGAUCAGAACAGACCUAUUUCUAUCACGAUGGGUGCAGAUUCAUUGACAGGUUUACGACUAUCACAUAUGAUUCGGAAGGAUCUAGGUGUAUCUAUACCACUUCAGGUCUUAUUCGAAUCGAAUAUGACUUUGCAACGACUUGCUAAUUUCGUUAAAGAUCCUUCGCAAUCAUUGCCUUCUUCGACUGAAGCCAUUAUACCACAAUUAUUAAAUGAUGCGAAACUGGAAUUAAAUAUUACUGUGAAAGAACUUAGAAUUAAGUCUGCUUGUCCAACAAGAAUUUUUCUUACUGGAGCAACUGGAUUUGUUGGUGCCUUUAUUCUUGCAGAAAUGCUUCGAAUUCAUCCGAUCUGCUGCAAAUUUGUAUGUUUAGUUCGUUGUAAAUCUCUGUCGGUCAGUCCUCUCCAUCGUAUUCGUGAAAACAUGAUAUUUCUUCAGCUAUGGAAGGAAGAAUAUCAAGAACGACUUCUUCCUCUUCAAGGUGAUCUAGCUGAAGAUCGUUUUGGUCUUGAUACGAAUACAUACGCAGAUCUCGCCGAUCAGAUCGACCUCAUUGUUCAUUGCGGUGCAACAGUUAAUUUUGUUUUACCAUACAAUAUACUCUAUCGUCCAAAUGUUCUCGGCACUCUCGAAGUCAUCCGUUUUGCAUGUCAUGUCUCUUCAGCAUGUAUACCAAUACAGUACAUAUCAACCAUGAGCGUUUUACCUUCCAGAAUGACACAUGGCACACCAAUUGAUACGAUUCCUCCGGAUCAUCUUAGAAAUGGAUAUUCACAGAGUAAAUGGGUGGCAGAAAAACUAGUAGCAAAAGCGCAACAUCUCGGACUUCCUGUUGCUAUCUAUCGACUUGGAUCGAUUGGUGCUCAUACUCUAACAGGUGCCUGCAAUCGACAUGACAUCAAUACAUUAAUCAUAAGCACUAUAAUGAAGAUGAGCUGUUAUCCUGAAAGUUUGGUUAAGAGAAGAUUGAAAGAACUAUCAGUCGAUCUGGCCGUGCAAGAUAUUGUUUCAUUAGAUCACCUUCAAUUGAAUAGUUAUCAGAAAACCUAUCAUGUUGCAAAUACAACCAAUGGAAUAUCAUAUCGUGAUGUUGUUGAAAUGAUUCGUAAUUGUGAUAUUCAACUCGAAUGUGUCUCUGAUCUUGAAUGGCGCGCGCGGUUGUCAUCGCCAGAAAACCAGACCGAUACAUUAAAGAAUGCCAGAGAAGUUCUCUUGCAUUACGCGAUCGCAUCGACUGGUGAACAAGAAGAUAAUCAAAUACCGCAGUUAGAUUUAUUAUAUCCUCAGAUGAUCAAAUGGAUCUUGUUUAUUCGAAAUAAGCUUUUAUAA